AUGCAGUCCACCCAGCUGAGGAAGAAAGUCGGCCAGCUUUUCGCGGUUGGCUUCCAAGGCCUCACCCCAAGCACCGAAAUCAAGACAUUGAUCCACGAGCACGGCCUUGGGGGGAUUGUUCUCUUUAAGCGGAACAUUCAGGAUGCCGCCCAAUUGCAGGCAUUGACACAAGCGCUUCAAGAGGAAGCAAAAUCAGCCGGACAUGAACAUCCUCUGUUUAUAGGAAUCGAUCAGGAAAAUGGGCUCGUCACCAGGAUUUCACCCCCAAUUGCCACGCAGCUCCCUGGCGCCAUGGCGCUGGGGGCCACAUACGACCCCAACAACGCGUAUCAAGCGGGCGAAGCUACUGGAGACAUCUUGUCGCUCUUGGGGAUUAACAUGAACUAUGCUCCCGUCUGUGACAUCAAUUCCGAGCCUCUGAAUCCCGUCAUUGGGGUCAGGAGCUUUGGGGACGAUCCGGGAUUUGUGGGACGGUUCGCAGCAGCCUUUGCCCAGGGCCUCCGGACGCGCAAGGUGGUCCCCACUGUGAAGCACUUUCCGGGACAUGGGGAUACUGCGGUGGAUUCCCACUAUGGACUUCCUGUGAUCCAAAAGACAAGGGCUCAGUUGGAACAGUGCGAGUUAAGGCCCUUCCGUCGAGCGGUCGCCGAAGGCAUCGAGGCCGUGAUGACGGCCCACAUUGCUUUGCCUUCCAUCGGGGAUUCCAAGCUCCCCGCAACCCUUUCAGUUGAUGCACUGAAUAUUCUACGCAAGGACAUGCAGUAUGAUGGUAUGGUGAUCACGGAUUGCCUGGAAAUGGACGGAAUCCGUACUACAUACGGCACGGAGCAAGGCGCCGUCCUUGCUCUGGAGGCCGGAAGUGAUAGUAUUAUGAUCUGUCAUACAUACGAUGUACAGGUGGCAUCAAUCAAUCAAAUCGUUCAGGCUGUGGAAUCCGGGAGAAUCCCAACCACACGCCUCGAGGAAGCGUACCGCCGAGUAACCAAGGUCAAACAAGAAUUCUUAAGCUGGGACACUGUGUUGCAAUCUCCGAGCCUUGACGGUCUAGCUUCCCUCAACGCCAAGGCUGCGUCUCUCACUGACCAAGUUUAUUUGCGGUCUGCUACUAUCGUGCGCGAAAAGCGGGGGGUUCUAUCCCUUCUUUCCCAGGAAUCCUCGACCGUCGUAUUUCUUUUCCCGGGCGAUAAAACCCCGGCUGGCGGUGCGGUGGAUGGUGAAGGAAUAGGACAAAACAGAUCUUAUGAUGCCACGGAGUAUCUGGAAACCCUGAAGGACCUCGGUCGAUGCCCGAAUGCCACGGAAAUCCGCUACGGGGAAGCAGGCUUAUCAUCGGAGCAAUGGACGCAAAUUGGGGCGGCCGAUGUCGUAGUCUUCACCUCCAUCAAUGCUCGUGAAUCCCCAUGGCAAAGGGCGCUGGGGCUCGAGCUGGCCCACCGUGCCCGGAACAUGAUCAGCAUUGCAGCUUGUAGCCCUUACGACUUUCUGGACGAUGCCAGUAUCGAAACAUAUGUCGCUAUGUACGAGCCAACGAUCGAAGCUUUUGCGGGGGCCGUCAAACGGAUGUCUGGUUGGGGAGCGCAAAGGGGUCAAUUGCCUGUUGGGCCAACGAAGUCUACCCCGAGUUGGAUCAAAGUGGAACCCCUUUACGCUGAGAUGGACUUUGACGCCCUUCUAACACUCUGGGAGAAGGCUUUGCCCACUUACCCACUGCUUGGCAGGAGUCGAAAGGGUCUAUUGACGGCAUUGACCACAUCAAACGCACAUCAUUUUGUCGUUGGGCAUGGGAGCAAGAUGAUCGGGUUUUGUCUGCUCUACAUAGCCGAGCAGCAAGAUGUCACCUGUGGUUAUUUGACGGCGCUGGCGGUUGACCCGGAGAAGCAGGGGCUGGGCGUAGGCAGCGCUUUGAUUGCAGAAUGUCGGUCGUGGCUCGCAAAGAAUUGCAAGAAGUUUCGCCUGGAGCUGGGGAGCUCGUUUCCUCGAUUCUGGCCGGGUAUCCCGACCGACCUGCCUUCGAGUGUUCAGGACUUUUUCAUCCAUCGAGGAUUCCGGCUCAAUCCCCCGGUGCCUCGAUCGGUCGACCUUUAUCAAGACAUCACCAAUUUCCAUGCCCCGGAGAAAUAUCUGGCGAGGGCACAAGAGGGCGGAUACACUUUCAGCCCUCUCAAGUCCGAGCAUUUCCUCAAGGGAUUGGUUGGACAGACCAGGAACUUUUCCCAUAACCUGGCUUGGGUCCAGAAAUAUAUGGACCUGGAUCCAACUAUAUAUCCGUCCUGCAUCAUGGUUGCUUGGGACUCCGAGGGCAACCAGGUUGGCUGGACGCUGAUGCUGGAUCCAUCCUGCGACAUUCUCCAGAACAACUGGAUAUUUCCGCCUACGUGCGGCCCCAAAACAGGCUUGAUCGGCUGCGUAGGUGUAGACAAAGAUCAUCGUAAAAAUGGGAUUGGUCUUGCCCUUGUCAGCCAUGCGAUCGAAAACCUGAAGCAGAGGGGAGUAGAGGGGAUUUUUGUAGACUGGGUAAGUCUGGAUGGCUGGUAUGAGAAGCUGGGGUUCCAGGUGUGGCGCAGUUACCGCACCGGCGAGUUGAUUCUGUAG